AUGACAGCCGUGUCGGACCAAGGCAGUCGGAGCCACAGGUACCGGAGAGAACUCUCUGCUGACAGCCAGCACAUGGCAGAAAAAUGGCACCGGCAGAGCAAAAUGGUGCGUGGCUUUUCCAGAGAUGCAAGCCUGAAGGGACCUCUGUCAGCAUGUGAGGAAAACUUCCCCACAGCUCUGCCUGUGCUGCUGGAUGUGGUCAGGGGUUCUGAUCAUCUUCCAGCAGACGAGGAGUUACAGGAAAUGCUGAGAGGGAAAUUGCGCAUUCUGCAGACUGACAGCGCUGAGGUCAACGCUCUAUUCAUGGAGUUGUCCACUCAUCUUGUCUCCAUUAACAGUGAAGAUAAAGCCAUUUUUGUAACAUUCAAGACAUUUGAGGAAAUAUGGAUGUUCACCACAUAUUACACAAUCGGUAAGAAGUAUGCUUGAAUGGACAUGGAGUUGUUUGAACUUCACAAGCUUAAGCUUGAUGGUGUUGUGGAUUGAACCCUGAACUCACAAAGGCAUGUGAUAUUCACACUCUGCUUUGUUUUCUCCUUAGGUUCGUUGUUUGCAAGUUGUAGUGCCAAUCAGAUGUUUGAUAGCUCCACCUCUGGAGGAGACCUGUACCUGGAGCAGGGAGACAUAGCCCAGUUUGAGCCUCCUUUCCUGGGCUCAGGGUGGACUGUCCUCUGCCUGGCUGAUGGAGCUCGGGGCACUGCACCCAAACCUGCUCUGGAGCCAGUCAUCCCUUUUUAUCAAUGGUUUCUCAAGUCCUGUGCAGAGAACAUUUUAGUUGGUGAUGGAAAACCUUCCUGUGACUUCCCUCUGCAUUUUGCCAAAGGAACCUGUCUGGCCACAGCGGAGUAUGAUGCUGAGGGUCCAGAUGAGCUGAGUGUGGCACCUGGUGAUCGCAUCAUCAUUGUGGGACUCCUGGUGUCUUGCUUUGACUGGUUCACAGGGCAGAAGGAGGCGACAGGUGAAGUGGGUCUGGUCAAGACAAGCUUGGUAAAACCAUCCAGUGACACUUACGACUCAUCAGAUAUUUUUUUGGAUGAAGAGAAAUGGAUGUUUGUCAGUCGACAAGAGGACAAAGUCAUUGAGGAAUCAAUUGCAGUUUUGAGGAAAAACUCUCAAAGUGAUGUUGGUUAUAACUACAAACUGGAUAUGAUCACUUACCAAGACUCAGAAAGAAAAACAUCACUCAGCUCUUCAACAAAGGCUGACAAAAAGCAAAACAAGUUAAAGAGAAGCAUUCAGAAUAUACUAGAUCAAGGACAAGACUCAUCACCAGAUUCCAUUGUGACCAUAAGCAGUGAUCCAGAGGACUCAGUCCCAGCUACAGAGGGAGAAAACCCAAGCCCUCCUUGUUUCACUGUUCAUCCAGUUGUAGAAGGAAACAACAACACAGAGAACUUAAUUCCGCUCUUCUCUUUUUUGGAAGGACAAGACUACAAAGUAGAGUUUGGCAUUCUGUAUGGACUGAGUUCCGAACUACUUGCUUCCUCCACCUUUGCAGGUCAUUCUGACGAGGAUGAGCUGAUUGCCUUUUUGGGAGUUGCCAGGGAAACAGCUAGGAAGAAACGACUCUUUUGGCCGCAGACUCGUUUGUGUUUCCUGUUGGGUAAGCUCUGUGCUGGGAGAUUAAAGUUGAGCCAGGCCCGGGUUUACUUUGAGGAGUCUCUCAGCGUUCCCCGAGAACGCUUCACCGAUCUCAGAUUGUUGGCUAGCAUCUACUCCAACCUGGCUGUUAUAUAUCUUUUACAGAAAAACACAGAAAGUUUCUUUGCUAUGACAGAACGACUUGCUGCAUUGCUAUUGGGAAUCCCAGAUUGCCUGAAAAGCUUAGAAGACAACUCUGUUCUUAAAUACAUCCUCAAGAAAGCUGUUCUCUCUCACAACAAAAUGGCAGAGGCUCGAGCUUGUCUUCUGUUGGCGAAAUACCACUGGGCCCAUGCUGAGGGGGUUUGGGUUGUUCCUUAUCUGGAAAGACUGCUUGUUCUUUGUGAUGAAGCUCAGAAACCAUGGAGCAUCUCUCCCACUGAUGGAUAUCUGACCCUGGGAAGGCUUUACAGUAGACUCCAACUUCCCCACCUGAGUAUCAGCUCAGCCAAGAGAGGCUCUCUGCAGCCCUCUGCUAUACUGUCUGACUGUCUUGGCAGUAUGGCUUUAGUUUUGGACAGUGUCAGCAGAAUGAAUGACAACACCAAACAAGAAAGUGCCAUUCUGCCUCAAGUGGCUCCAUAUUUGCACCAAGCCCUUUCUUUAACCAUGGUCCCAGAUGUAGGAAGUGACCAUUACUAUGUUUUGAGCCAUCAGCUCACUGUUUGUCUCUGCCAACUCUUUUACAAGCACAAAAUGGUGGAACAUGCUAUCCGCCAUAUGCAUACUUUCAUCAACUACAACCCACCUUCACAGCAAGUCGCCAUCUCUGUUCCAGAAAGAAACAGUUCCCUCAUUUGGUUGGCAUGGCUUCACAUUGACAACAAUCAGCCGAAUAUUGCUUUGGAUAUUCUGGACUCAGUUCUAGCCUCCAUGCCAGAACAUUGCACAACCCCUCAGGAAGGUGUCAUUCUCAACAUGCGUGGCGUGGCGCUUCGAUGCAUGGGUGACCUCCGGAGGGCAGCAGAGAGUUAUCAGGCUGCUAUUGAUGUGUGCCAAGAGUACGAGGACAUACCAAACUGGGCUGUAGCUCAGGCUAACUUAGGGCUGUUGUGUCUAAAAGCUGGUGCUAAAGGACUAGCACAAAGGCACCUGACUGAGGCUGUGCAGCUAUUUUCUGAGCUUAAUGAAGAAGGCUAUGAGGCAAACUUCAUCACUGUGCUGCUGGAGCUGGGACAGCACUAUGUGAAGCAGCAGCAGCUGGACUUUGGAAGAGGUUGCUUUGAGUGGGCUCUUUUGCUGGCAAUCAGUGCCAACCUGUCAGACUGCCAGCUCACUGCAACCAAACAUCUUUGCAGUCUGUAUGGGUGUGAGAAUCCAGACCAGGCCCAGUGCAUCAUCUAUAGCCAGCACCAGGUCCAGCUGCUGAGGCGCACAGGAGACAUAAGACAGGAGGGAGAUGCGUUGGAAGCCAUCAGCAAGCUCUACUUGACUCUGGGCACAGAGAGGGCUUACCGGGCAGCUCUUGACUACACCAAAAGCAGUCUGGGUAUUUUCAUCGACCUGGGCUGUCGGGAGAAGGAAGCGUACGGCUGGUUGCAAGCAGGAAACAUCUACCACCUGUUGGGUCAAACUGAGCUGGUGGACAUUUAUGUUCAGGCAGCUCAGGAUGUUGCUCUGAGCACAGGAGACACCAUCUUCAUCCUGAAACUUCUGGAAGCUGCAGGAGACAUUUUCUUCAACAGCUGCCAGGACCGGGACAAAGCUAUUACCUUCUACCGGGACCGUGCUCUGCCUAUUGCAGUGAAAAGCAACAGCAGUCACACCAGACUGAGGUUGUAUAAUAAGCUGACUGAAGUGAUGCUGUGUCUCAAGCUGUAUGGGGAAGCAGUGGAAUUUGCUCAGGCUGCUGUGGACAUCAGUAUCUCUCUGGGCGAGCGUCUGAAUGAACGAGUGGCCUACCACCGUCUGGCCUCCCUGUACCACUUUUUGGAACAGCAUGAACUGGCUGAGCACUAUUACCUGAAGACCUUGACCCUCUGUCCAACCCCUCUGCAGUUUGAUGAGGAAACGCUGUACUAUGUCAGGGUGUACCAGACACUUGGAGACAUCCUAUUCUAUGAUCUGAAGGACCCUUUUGAUGCUGCUGGAUACUACCACCUGGCUCUAGCUGCGGCCAUGGAUCUAGGCAACAAGAGGUUUCAGCUGCAGCUGUGCACCCGCCUUGCCACCAUCUACCACAACUUCCUAAUAGAUCGGGAGCUUUCACUCUUCUUUUACCAGAAGGCAAGAGGAUAUGCAGCAGAGCUCAAUGUGAGGAGGAUUAAUAUAUCACCAGAUCAGCAUUACAGCAGCACAUCACAGUGCAAGUCUACAGGACAAUAGGAGAGACCUUGUAUGAAGAGCACAAUUCUCCACAGAUGGGUGAAUAGAUGCUGUUUUUUGGUACCAAAAAUCAUCUUGCAAAAACUUUAUAAAAAAGAUUACUCUACAAAGAAAGAAGACCCGUUUUUAAAGGCAUUUCAUGCAGAUAAUGAUAAUGUUUACUGCAUUAUAGAACUCUGAGCACAAGUUUCAAAAUUUAAGAUAUGUUAUUUGUGUCCAAUGAUGGCCUCAUUAUUCCACAAUAAAAGCAUAAGCGUCCUAAACUAGAAUCAAUCAACUAGAAUACAUUUCAAAUUUUUCUUUGAACUCAAUCCCCA